GGCGGCGAUGGCCGAGCCGGGCUGCCCGCCCGCCGCCGCCAUGAGGCGGCCCUAGGAGCCGGCCGGGGAUGAAGCGGGACUCGACCUGCAUGGAAGCACCGAUAUGGAAAAUCCCACAAGCCGGCUGCACCAACACACCGUCAGAUUUCCCAGAUGAGCGGGUGGAUCAGCGAACCUGCCUGAUCUGCGGGGACAGGGCCACGGGGCUGCACUAUGGGAUCAUCUCCUGCGAGGGCUGCAAGGGGUUCUUCAAAAGGAGCAUCUGCAACAAGCGGGUGUACAGAUGCAGCCGGGACAAGAACUGCGUCAUGUCCCGCAAGCAGCGCAACAGGUGCCAGUACUGCCGGCUGCUCAAGUGCCUCCAGAUGGGCAUGAACCGCAAAGCAAUCAGAGAGGAUGGCAUGCCAGGAGGCAGAAACAAAAGUAUCGGACCUGUCCAGAUAUCAGAGGAAGAGAUUGAGAGAAUUAUGUCUGGGCAAGAAUUUGAGGGAGAGGCAAACAUGUCAUGGAGCAACAACGGAGACAGUGACCAUAGUUCCCCUGGAAAUGGAGUUUCUGAGAGCAACCAGCCUUCACCUGUUUCUACUCCAUCUUCAAGUAGGUCCGUGGAGCUGAACGGGUUCGCUGCACUCAGGGAUCAGUACCUGGGCACGCCGGUGUCCACGCACUACCAGUACCUGCCGCACCUUUUUAGCUACUCCGCCCACUCGGCGCUGGUGCCGCCGCAGACGCGCAGCCUGGACCCGCAGUCGCACAGCCUGAUCACCCAGCUGGUGUGUGCCGAGGACCUGGAGCCGCUUGGCACCCCCAUGCUCAUCGAGGACGGGUAUAAAGUGACUCAGGCAGAGCUGUUUGCAUUGCUGUGUCGGCUGGCGGAUGAAUUGCUUUUCAGGCAGAUUGCUUGGAUCAAGAAGCUGCCGUUCUUCUGCGAACUCUCCAUCAAGGACUAUACCUGCCUGCUCAGCUCUACGUGGCAGGAGCUGAUCCUGCUCUCCUCGCUGACUGUUUACAGCAAGCAGAUCUUUGGUGACCUUGCGGAUGUCACCUCCAAGUACUCUCCCUCUGACGACGAGCUGCACAGAUUCAGUGAAGAGGGGAUGGAGGUGAUGGAGCGGCUGAUCUACCUCUUUCGCAAGUUCAGCCAGCUGAAGGUCAGCAACGAGGAGUACGCGUGCAUGAAAGCCAUCAACUUCCUAAACCAAGAUAUCAGGGGUCUGACCAACGCCUCCCAACUGGAGCAGCUGAAUAAGCGGUACUGGUACGUUUGCCAGGACUUCACGGAGUACAAAUACCCCCACCAGCCAAACCGCUUCCCGGAUUUAAUGAUGUGUUUGCCAGAGAUACGGUAUAUUGCAGGAAAAAUGGUGAAUGUCCCCCUGGAGCAGCUGCCUCUCCUUUUUAAGGCCGUUCUACAUUCCUGCAAGACGAGCGUGAGCAAAGAGUGAGCGCAGCUGGCCCCGGCCGGUGCCUUAUGCUGAGCCUCGGGCCGGGAGCUGGCUCACCCCGGGAGAGGGGCAAACGCCAUCCAGGCAGGAGACAGGGCAGUGGCCUCCCUGCCCGUGUAGCAAGAAUCUUUUUUUUGUUUGUUUUUGGUUUUUUACUCUUUUUCCUAUAUAUUUAUUUCACGACAGAGUUGAAUGUAUGAUCUUCAACACGAUGCACAUGGUUCUGUAAGAAUGCAGCAAAUGCAUUCUCCAGCGGUUUACAGAAUGUGAAGAUGUUUAAUGUUACAGUGUUUGUUAGGAUUAGUUCUUUUGUAUUUGGGGCUGGGGACCGAGAUGACUUAGACUACCUCAAAGAGAAGAUGCUGUUCACGAACUGCUCUUUCCAUGAUUUGCAUCCAAAAGCAUUUGUCAUAGAGAGCAAAUGUCAACAGAGCUGUUAGUAUCCCAAAGGGACGACUUUGGAGAAGUGGGUGCUAGAGAAGUGCCAAGCUUUUUCUUUAAUUUUAAAAAGGCAGGGAGUGGAGAAGGAGAAGUCCGUCUAGGCAGUUGAUUUCUUUUCCCCUGGUGGUUUCCAGUUGCAGGUUUCUCAGUGGGAUGGCAGUGCUCCAAGGGGCUUGCUGGCCCUGUCCCAUCUGGGGAGCUCCAGGUGGGGUCUGCCCCAGCCCCUCCUGGCCAGCUGCCCUCUUACUGUUGCCACAACACCUGCCAAUUUCUCUGAAAUUGUGUUCAAGGGUUCAUAACAGGCUCCUGGCAUUACACAAAGGUGCUACUGUUGCUAGAGAACUGCAAGGACUUUAUCAUCACUUCCUUAAAAUCCAUUUUAGGUUUACAAAAGCAGGAAAAUCCUACUUAGAGAAGAGGCAGGAUUGCCCCCGUUAGUGUGUUCCUCCAGCAUGGUACCUGACUCCUGAGGCUUCUGCAUUGAAGCAAUCCCCGUUUUGGGAGUAGUUAAUGUAUGCUGUGCUAAAUGGGCCCUGUGUAGUGGGGGGAGGGACUCCAGUGUCCUCUGGCAUGGCUUUCUCUGCUGGACUCAGGGAAUGGAUGUUCCAUAGUUAUAUCCUGCCAGAACUGUGCUGUUCCUUGUGGAAUCCCAGGAAAAACAACAUUACUGCUGUGCUUGGCGACCUGCUGUGUUCUAGGCGUUGCAAGGCUUGGAUUUUCCAUCUCGCAAGCUCCCCACGACUCCAGAUGGAGAACUGGUUUAAUGACAGCUGAUUAACUGAUUGAGUGAUUGCUAAGUGCUGGUGUUUAGCUAAACUUGGGCAUUCUCUUGAGUGACCUCUUGAUUUCCUGCUCGUGGUGGGGAGGUUGGAUGAGAUGCUCUUGCUCUCCUCUCCUUCAUUAGGAAUUAAUAUUCAAAGACUCAGUCAUUUUCCUAGACAGCCUUGGCUGGAUUUCCUUCCCUGCCUCCUUAGAUGUAAAUCUGGCAUUCACUUAGCAAGGUGGCUCCUCAGUAACUGUUUGAAUGCUGAUUUAAAAAUAUUGGUGGAAACAACUUUUGUUCCUUCAGGGUAGGAAGGAUGAGUCACUACCUUCUUGUCUUUCCCUGGUGACAGCUGCGUGGCACAGAGCGAGCACAGCUCAGCCGGGCUGCAGCUGCUGUGCAUGAAUGUGAUGGUGAGCAGGAGAAAAAUCCCAUUCACCAAAGUCGUCUUUCCCUCCCUCCCCCUGGCCCAGCGGGUGCUCCCUGGGUUGCAGCCCAAGGCAGGCUGUGACCUGCUGGUUUGGCACGUCCCGGUCAGGCCGUGGUGGUGCCGAUGGCUGCGGUCAGAGCGCGGCAGGGCCCUGCUGCUGCCUCAUCGUGAGCAUCCCGCUUGGGCAUCUCCCAGCUCAAUGGUUUCCCUUUUCUAAAAGUCCAUAGCUGUUCAUUUUUCAUUAUUUAAACAGGAUGUUACGGGUAACAGCUGCUGGGCCCAGCUCGAUGGAGCUUCACAUCCAAAGGUGGUUCCAUAAAUCUCAUUUACUUUCUGACAGUACAAUGAGACACGUGUGUAUUCUCAGGAAAGCCUUCUGCAUACAGCCGAUACCUCACGUGUUCAGGGGAAGAUUUUAGUUUACCUGUUUCUAAGUUAGAAUGUAUUUCUCAGCUUUUAAGUUUAAUUUCCAAAUAGCUUGAUAUGAUCUUUUUAUUACGGGUUAUUUCUGGCUUGCUGUUUUAUACACUCAAGGAAUUGUUAAAAUUGCAUAGGAGUGAUUUUAUUCUACAGUUACUGAGUUAUUAUAAUCUGUUGAUGAAUAAGUGUUUUAAUUAGUGUACAUAAAAGCAGUCAUCUUGUUGCCAGCUAUCCAACAAAAGUAAUCUAUUGAGUAAUCUGUGGUUUUCCAAAAUAUCGUCCCAAAACUAAUGCUGUACCAACAACAACCAAAAACCUAAAUUCAGUUAUGAUGACAAACGGACAUGAAUGUUCCACUUUCUGUUGUCGAAAGCAAAUUUUACAAAGGUUGAUUGGCAGCAGUAUCCGUUCCCAAAUACCCAUUUGCUAUGGGAGUAGAAAAUCCUUCCUGAACUGACAGGUAAGGAAGCAGCAAACAGACCAGACGGAAUCACCAGACAGUCAUUCCUGAUAUCUUCUGCACCAAGUCCUCUAAUGACUUGUGUUUUUUAAACAGGGUAAUGUGAAUGUGUUGCAUUGCAAACUCAGGUAUUAUGAGAAGGUAGGAAUGUAGCUAGAGACGUAGAGACGUUAGGUAGAUGUAUUUGUGAAUUUGGUUUGAAGGACACCCUGGAAAGGCUGGAAUUUUUGUUCCAUUCUUCACGUAACAUUCAGUUUACAGGGACUCAUAUUUUAUUUGUGCUUAAUGCUAGUAGGGGGAAGUUCAUUAUCUUUGGUAUCUAUCUGCUCUUGCUUAUCUGACCUUCUGUCAUAGAGAAAUCAAUCAACAAUAAUAGUCUUUGGUAGAAUUUUCUGCCAUGACAAGUCAAUUUUUAUCCCCGAUUUGAAAGAUAAAUUGGCUGGCUGACCCCCUCUUCUCCUUCAAAGCAUCUGUGCAGAUAGAGAGCUGAAGAGUUACUUUUAAUCCGAACAGAGAUUUGGAACACAAAUUUGAAGUGCUCAGGCUCACAUGCUCAGGGGAGGCUGCCCAGGAGCCCUCGCUCCGUGGUGCAGCUGGAAGGGGUCACUGCUCACGGGGCUCGGUCCCAGCGCGACUGCCAGAUCCCAGGGCCUCAACAGAACCUUCUGGAAAGUCAGUGAGUUCUCUUCCACUUCAGCUCAGGCUCUUGCCAAGUGGGCUGAGCCUUGACCCCUCAGUGUGGGUCAGUAGCCAGUCCCUGUCCUCAGCAUGCCCAGCCCUGCAAGAGGGCAGGGGGAUGAGGGACAGCCAGGGUGCUCAGGGGUCCGCAGCACUGCUGGGCUCUGGGCAGAGCUGCUGCAGCCGGACCUCGCGCUCCCUCGCUUCCCACGGGCACUGGAUGCUGCUCAGCUGUGAACUGUGCCAGUGCCCUUCAUCUUCUCACUCCUGUAGAGGCACUGCAUGCUUUGGGCCAUCAGGGAGUGGCUCUGGAUCCUUCUGUAAUUCUUAAACCUUUUGUCAUCUCCCAUCACGCACAGGCCAAAGAGGGCGUUUUCAGAGUGACCAGUGGUCAGUGGCAUUGCCAGCUGCAAGGCACCUGCACAGGGCAGCUGCCACCCCAGUACCACCCGUUUUCCCAGUGCUGGGGUGUUGCUUUGUGGGCGCCCAUGAGAGUGAGGGGUCCCAGGGGUGCCAGCAGGGCUCCUGGGCUGCUCUCACUUGCUGGUGGGGUCCUUGGUGGCCCCAUGCCCACCCAUGCAGAGGCACGAGUGCCUCUGCUGCCGUCCCCCUCUGUGCCAGCAGGAUCUGCCCUUGCUCCUCAGGCUUCUGCACAGACCCACAGCCACCUCAGGUAAAGGAGUUUAAGUCUUGUCCUUCAAACCAACUUUUAAAAAAACCCCUUGAAUUUCUUUUAUCUUCACUACAUUUUUUAAAAGGAAAAAAGGAAAAAAAAAAAAAAAGAUUCUCCUGUGAAUGUGCUAUUUCCCAUUCAUUCUUUCUUCCUUCUUGGUUUUGAUUUGAAACUAUGAAGCUCGGUGUCUGUGAAAAUGUUGUUAUUUCUCAGGAUAAUAAGCGGCAAUCAUCCCUGCCACAUGAAAGGCAGGAGAAAGGGGGAAACUUGGGGAACUAGUUAAAGUAUGGAACUAAUUUUUAAGUUGUAGAUGAUGUGUAAAUGGAGGGGAGUGCAUAGCUAUCAGUAUCAAGCUGUGGUGUUUCUCUGUGUUCAUGGUGUGUUGUUUCAAUGCACAGAAGCUCAGGGAUAAGUAUUUAAAUGUGACCCAGAGAAACCCUAGUUUUGAUGUUGCAACAGUUGCGUCUUUCAUGACUUGUCUGGAGGACCCGCUGAGAGCUGACCAAAGUCCCAUGUGGGGAUUUUGGGGAAAAGCUUUGGGUUUGGCUGUGGGAAGUUUGCCUGCUGAAGGCUCAGAUGUGGUCCUGUGGGCAGAGCAUCCCGAAGGUGCACGGGGCUGUAUGAGGCUGUGCCCUUGCACCACCUGGCAGCUGGGGACCAGCUCUGUCUGUGGGGCUCUAUUUCUGCAUUGCCUCAUCCCUCUGCCUUUGGUGUGAAAUAUGUUUCAGUAUUCAUGGAAAAGGGGAAACAGGAAUUUCUCAUUGUGUCCCUGGCAGCCAGUUCCAGUGCUCUGUACUUUGUUUGUUGCUUAUGAAUUCUUAAUUUUCAUCAGUACAACUUUCUCACUAUGGUGGUAGGCACAGCCAGACAAUUUGAGAAAGGCACUGGUGUGUGACUCUGGCGGGGUUACAGCUGCUGUGAGUGUCCAAAUGGUCCCAGCCACAGACAGGGCCAGCACUGAGUGAGAGUCAGCAAAAGUUUGCAGGGCUGAAACCCCCUCCCAGCACCCUCAGCCAGGAUCUGCAGAUCUGAGUUUAAACCAGCCCUGCAAAAAGCUGGGGGGGCCAAUCCAGGCAGUGUCUUUCCCUUGAAAAAAGAAAUUAAAAAUAGCUCCUGUGAGCUGCCCUCUGACAAGUCUGUGAAAGAAGCAACACGGUUCAGUGGAAGAAAUGCCCCCAAGGGCAAAAAGAAACAGAAAUUGAGACCAGAUGACGAUCAACCUUAACAAAGCCUUUUGUGAUUCAUUGUUUUCUUUCAAUUUAUAAAAUGUCUUGUAAUAGUUGAUAACAUUAUUGACUCAAUUUCCAUAACUAAACUACCUCGUGUGACAUCCUGUUUAUCAUCUCAAAGGGAUUGUGUGAAAAACUAAAUACUGCCAGUGUCUGUUGCCAGCGAGGAAGAGAGGCUGUGAUUGCUGGAGUUGCGUUUCCCUUCCCGUGGGCUGGGGCUUGGCUCCUGUCACUGCUGUGUGUCCCGUGCCUGAGGCUGAGCUCCAGUGUCCCUCCCUGGGGAGGCUGUGGCCCAUGGCAGUUUGGGUUUUGUUGGUGCCCAUCAAGCCACAGGCCUGGUUCCAGCUCAGUCCUGGUGCAGAGGCUGCGUUUGUAACCUGGGACCUCACAGGACCUCGCAGCUCCUCGUGUGUCAGUCAUGGGCAGCCUGGGGAGGCAGCGGGUCAGGUUUGCUGCUGGUGUCAGCCCCUGGCUGGUUUGAGGGAUGUUUCCAAGAGGGUCAGUCCUGGUUGUUGGAUCCUUCUUGGUGAUGUUCCAAGUGGUUUCUCCCGUUCAUUUUUCCCACAAUCCCUUGUGUAAAUCAGGGAAGCAGGAUGUUGCCUCGGCAUGACACACGGUGAACAUUGGCACACUCAGAGCCAGGGCUGGGGCAGGAGGGUGUGUCUGGCCCUGUUGCACCCGGGGGGGAAUGGGCACCGGGAGCUGCCCCCUCACCGCGCUACGACCAAAUGAAUGUUUCUGCCGGCGGGUCCGUGUCAGCCCGACCUGCCCCUGCUCCGCUGCUCUGCUCUGGGACUUGACUACCUGUGGAAAUGUGACCAAUAAGUGUUGAAUGCAUGUUUAGUGAGUGUUUAGCUGUAUGAACUAAUAAAUGUGAAAUGUUCUGCA